GGUUGAGCAGAUGCGUUGUGACCCGGAUGUUCUUCCAGCAGCUAACAACAGGAUGUUCUGUUAGCCUGUCUGAGCUCCAGCUGCUGAACAAGUCAGGAAGUUGCAAUAUUAUCACCUUAUUGUUACUGACAGCUAAAUCUGGAGGACACUAUGCGGAGUGUCGGAUGUUUGCAAGUGAACGAGAACGUGUCGGGGAUUCAUAGUUUGUGAAUUGUUGAUACGAAAGCUAGUUAGCUUAGCACAGUUAGCUUAGCUUAGUGUAACGUCUCUGUUAAGAUAAACGUGGAUGUUUUAGCAGCUAUCUGAAUUUAGUCCAGAUUACAGAGACGUUUAUUAAAUUAGCCACUAUUGAGAAGCAACAGUUGCAUCUCGUGGCAUGUGAUUUAACUGUAAGGAUUAUUAGUGUUAAAGAGGUGACGGUUGGUUGUUGUUGGUUAGCCUAGCAUUAGCAUAAAGUGCAGUAAUAAUGGACGACUUCAGCUCCAUCAGCCUGCUGUCUCUCGCCAUGUUGGUGGGAUGUUAUGUGGCAGGAACCAUUCCUCUGGCUGUCAACUUCUCAGAGGAGAAGCUGAAGCUGGUCACGGUGCUGGGCGCCGGGCUGCUGUGUGGCACCGCGCUCGCUGUCAUCAUUCCUGAGGGCGUCCACGCGCUUUAUGAAGAAAUACUUGAAGGAGCUCACCACAGCCACGGCCAGGCGGGGGUGGUGGAGGUGUCGGAGGCGAAGGGGGAAGUGGACGUGAGUGCGGGGGGGAAGCACGAGCACAGCCACGAGCAGCUGCACGCCUGCAUCGGAGUCUCUCUGGUGCUCGGCUUCGUCUUCAUGCUGCUGGUCGAUCAGAUCGGCAGCGCGCACGUUCACAGCACCGAAGCUUUAGAUCCAGAGGCAGCGAGAGCCUCCUCAAAGAUCACCACCACCCUGGGGCUGGUGGUCCACGCUGCAGCUGACGGAGUGGCUCUCGGAGCGGCUGCCUCCACGUCUCAGACCAGCGUCCAGCUCAUCGUGUUCGUAGCCAUCAUGCUGCACAAGGCUCCGGCGGCGUUCGGCCUCGUCUCGUUCCUGAUGCAUGCCGGUCUGGAGAGGAACCGGAUCCGGAGACAUCUGCUGGUUUUCUCCCUCGCAGCGCCCGUCCUCGCCAUGCUCACCUUCCUGGGCCUCAGCCAGAGCAGUAAGGAGGCGCUGUCCGACUUCAACGCCACCGGAGUGGCCAUGUUGUUUUCCGCCGGCACCUUCCUCUACGUGGCCACCGUGCACGUGCUCCCCGAGGUGGGGGGGGGCGGGGGCCACAGCCACUCUCCUGCGGGGGGGAACGGAGGAAAGGGACUGAGCAAAGUGGAGGUGGGAGCGCUGGUUCUGGGCUGCCUCAUCCCUCUGGUGCUCUCCGUCGGGCACCACCAUUAGACCCAGAGAACAGGGCGGUUCUAGACGGGAAUUUGAGAGGGAGACAGAGACUUCAAACUUUAAGGAUGUGUUGAGACUGGAGCUCGCUGCGGGACUUUUUUGUGACUCAAACUGAGCUGAAGUCAACAACAAUUUUUUUUUGACCACGAAACAUCUUACAGCUUCUCUCCGUGUCCAUUUAUUCCACCUGAAGUCUUUUUUUCCCCCAGGUGACGAUCGGUUUGAUUUCCAUCAUCGUGGAGUUUUUCCUGCAUCGUGCUCGUCCAGAUAUCAUUCCAUCGAUGUUUCACUCGAUGGCAGUUGCACAGCGAGAUUUGAUGAUAUCAAGACGGCAAACUCUCCUUUUUAUAAUAUAAUUGUACAGAGUGUAAAUCUCUUAGCGUCAAUCCAGAUUGAUUUUGAGCUGAUUUCAAGUGCCAUAUUAGCGUGAAGACGUGUUUGUAGAAUCGUUUCUUUCUCUACGUUUAUUCCUCGCAGGAUGACACCAUAACCGGCUAGACGCUCGUUAUCAUUUCACUUUCUCCUGUAGGAAUGAUGGGUACUGAUGGUGUCUCGUUAAUAAAUCGCAGCUUCUCAGACGUAUCUGCUAAAUCCUGCAAGACGAAAAAACGUGGACCCUGAUCCGUCACUUUUUAUUUCAUCUCUUCACUUUCUGGACGUGUUUAUUCCUGUUCUGUUUUACUUGGAGGGUAAUUAUGAAUAGAAGAUGGAGGAGGAGGGGGGGGGGGGGGGGGGGGCAGUUAAUGUGUAUAGUAAGUGAUUGUAUAGUUAUUUAGAGGUGGAGGGUUAUUGUUAAUAUUAUUUCCGCAGCUCUGAAUGAAGGACUUCUCUGGAGGGCAUUUAAACGUUAAGGGACCAUUUCUCUGGAGACAUUUUCUUUCUUAAAUUGGGUUGUUCGUCUUAAGUGAAUCUCACCUGAGCAAUAACGAUACUCGUGAAAUCGAGUAAAAGUCACUUCUGUCUCAGAAGCGUGGACACGGCUGCAGAGGGGUUUGUUUAGUGGGUUUGAAAGACGCUCUUGAACGCACCGUGAACGUUAAAACAGUAACAGGUUGAUGCAUUCAAAUGUUGUAGGCUAGAACUGCUGCUAACAAUAUUUUUACUAUCGAUUAAUCUGAGGAUUAUUGAAUACAUUUGUCAAUAAUAUCCAGAAAAAGUCAUACAUAGUCUCUUAAUGUCUUGUUUUCUAAUCAAAAACCACCAAAAUGUAAUUUAAAUAAAACAAAAAAGUAGGUAAUCUGAGUAUUUGAGAGGCUAAAAACGGCAUUUUCCGACAUUGUUUUCGGUAAAUGUCUUGUUUUUUUUGUCCAAACCCUCAAGAUAUUUAUACAAAUCAAAUAAGAAGCAUGACAUAGUCUUUAAAAGUCUUGUGUUUUAGUCCAACCCCCCAAAACAAUUCACAUAAAUCAAAGAAAAAGUAGGAAAUCUGAACAUUUAAGCGGCAAAAACUGCAUUUUCUGACACUUUGGCAUGAAAAAGGACUUCUAGGAUAAAUCGAUAAUGAAAAUAUUUGCAGCUUAUUGAUCUGUAGUUGCAGCUUCUACAGGAGGGGUGUGUUGAGAGUCACUGUGUCACUGUGCCUGCUCAGCUCAUGUAAAUGUAUUUAAGUCAUUAUGGUCUGUACAGAGUAACUUCAUGACUUCCUGUGUGAGAUGGAACUGCUUUAAAUCACAAAUACACCUUGUUUUAAAUCUGAAAUCUGACUUUUUCUGUAGAAAUCAAACGGUUUUACCAAGAAGAAGAAAGAGAGGGACGGUCGCAUGCUGACCAGCAGCUGCAUGGGGUUUUAGUUUUUAUUAUGGGAUGCUGAGUGUGUGUAUAAAAGGGAAACUGCACCCCAACCUGUGUGGAUUUACACUCAGGCAGGUUUUAGGACAGCCCCAUCAUGUGCCUCUCUUUACACCAUCAGAGUCACUUCUGUGUCCUAUCAUUACAGAAACGUGCAAUUAAGUCCUCUGGUGAAUGUGCUAAACGCUGCAGAUCAUGGUUAUUUAAAUUGGGUUGAUCCACAUCGUGAAAACGUCCAAGGAAAAAUUCACAAAUGUCGUCCUUUGUGCAUCCAACAGUAAAAGGAAAGUCAAAUAUAUCAGAUAAACUGUUAUAAAAUAUGAAGAAAUCCCCAAAAUAUUCACAUUUUAGAAGCUAAACUCGUGAAUUUUUCCACCUUCUCUUUAAAAAAAGUGCUUAAAACCUUAAAUGAAUUGUGAAGAUUCUUGCAGCUCCAUGUAUGUAAUGCAUUGUUUACCAAACUGCUUUUUACAUGCAGAAAUGUUGGCUUUUAAACCCCCUUUUUUUUCACUCGAAAUACUGUUACCCUCCUGAGCACUGCCCACUUUAAAGCAGAGAGGAAAAGGAUAUUUCAAUCUAUAAUAAUGUUAAAUAAAUAAAACUUUAGAGAGGGAGAAAAUAAGUUAUACAAGUCAUCAAAGUGUCUUCAUGUCGGUUUGAAUGACUUCCUUUGGGGCAGAGGAAGGCACUAGUUCUGAAAAAUAACAUCUAUUGAAAUCAGAAGAUAGUUUGGCACGUCCUUAAUUUUCUCCAAAUGAGGUGUUUUGUUAUAAGCCCAGAGUUACUGAUGUCUCCACACAUGCAUCGAAAAGAUCCCAUUAUAAUUUGAUUGAAGGAGAAUAAUGUGGGACAUAAUGAAGAGCUCUGUCUUUGCACAAAUGCAUUUCAAAGUUUUAGCCAAAGUAAAACCAUCAAGGGUAGUUUAGUGGUUGUUUCUGACCAAUCAGGAUCAAGUAGUGUCAGUGUGAUCAUGUUCAAAUGCAAUCACUUAUUAUAGAAUCAUGUUUAAUCACAGAUGUUCCUCGUGUGUGUGCACAUAGCAUCUUCAAUCAAUAUUAAAAUGGUGGAAAUGAAGUAGUUAGAUCUUGUUAAAACAUCAGAUAUCUGAAGGUGCAUUUUGAUGUAACUUCCACAUUUACAGGUGGCACAUGUUGGGGCUGAGAGGAGGGUCUAUUUAAUAUUUGUAGUAUUAUUGUCAGUGGGGGGGGUGUGUUUAUUUUUCUUCUGUCAUUCCAGGAUGAGUCUGCCUUAUUUCCAACUUUUGAUUGUGAACAUCGGUUGUAAAGCAAUGUGUUUCAUGACAACUAAAUUAAAGUUUUUUAAACUGGUGAAAA